GCGUUCAUAAACAGACCACUAUCUCUAGAACACGCUCUGUUAAGUCAACGCCAUACACAGUCGAGAUUAAAUUUAAAAUUGUGAAAAAAAAUAAAACUAGAAAACAUUAGAAUAAAAACUUAAAUAUUUGGUUACAACAACUAUAGCAUAGAGUUCAUUGAUUUUUUACACGAUCUUACGAGCACAAGAGAAACGUUUCAACAAAGUAGUGUGUGGCGAUAAGCGAGGAGCAAUACACGAGACCAACAAGCAUCUGCACAAUCGGACAACACAAAUAAGCAGCCUCUACAAAAGCAAGACACGCCAAGCCACGCUUAUCAUGAGGAAUAAUAAUCUUCUACUCAACCUAUCCACUGGCCUAACAAUUGUGGCGUGCAUUAUGGCGACCACGUACGCCAUCUCGAGCACAUGGGGCAACAUCUCGAAUUCGGCGCAAUUGUUGCAUGUGGAGAAUGUGUUUAAUGCGUCAUCGCCAGGAAAAUAUGUGAAUCGUGAAAUUAAGUUUCCCAAAAAUGGCAUCGGCAAUGGACGCAUAAUUACCGGCAUACGCGCCUUCGAUCAGGUGACAAAUGGCACCGGCGGUCAUGCCACCAUCUACUCGGGUGGACCUGGCUUCAAUAAUGUUACUAUCAAAUUGCAAUCACAAUACAAUUAUGGACUAAUAUUUCGCGUGGAAAUUUACGGCAAAUAAUCACCAACAGCGGAUUGCCAUUAUUCAUUAAUCUACUUAUUAUUUUUAUUUAGUAAUAAUUGUUUUUUUUUUAUGUUUGUUUAAUUAUAAGUUAGAGUACUUAUUUUGUUAGCACUAAGUC